AUGCCCCCGUUCCCGCUUGUGCCACCGCUGUGGUUUCCUGGCGGAGGUCCACCGAUCGCACCACCGGGGGCAGCGCCGCUACUGCCUCGGUUGGUUCCGGCAAACAAUUUCGCCGACCCAGGCGGUCCGGGAUCCGCGCCGGUAAGUGGAAAUCGCUUUGCGCCACAACCACCAGCCGGCAGUGCGCUCACAUCGAGAAACCAUACGCCGAGCGGUGGGGCCGGUAAGUUUUCAACGCGCGGGCAAGCAUCGCACGAUCAUCCAGUAAAGAAGGUAGAAUUUUUUUCAAAAGAAAUAGAACAGCCAGUAUUAACAACAAGCGGCGAACCAACAGCGCCGCCUCCAAACAGUAGUACUGCGAGUAGCCAGCGCGGGAAUGCGAGGAAGCACUUCACUGCGCGGCCAUUGCCAAAAGGCAGAACCCUUCCGAAAGAAUCGGCUAGCGGGAGUAGUAGUUCGGCGAGUAAGAAUGUGCGAGUGGUUAAAGGUCUCGCUGCAGGAAAGCGUAGCGGUCAAGAAUCAGAUGACAUUGAUCCUGCAAAAGGGGAUGUGUCUGAUGUUGAAAAAACGUCAUCAGCGAAAAGCAGCAAGCAAAUGACGGGAAACGCGGUGCCAGCACAAGAAGUUUUUCUUUCCGUAUCAUCGAAAGCAAAUUACGCGCAGGAUGCGAAAAAGCGCGACUCGAACACUCGCAGUGCCAGUGGGAGUUCCGCAAGCUCUUCGAAGGAAACGACCUUGGGCGGAAGGCCAGAGUACUUUUCUGCGAAUCGGAGCGGGACGGCCUCAUCACAGCCAGUCAGCAUUGCGGAUCUUGUUAUUGGCACAAGCCCGCGGAAGCAUGAGAGCAAGAGGCAGGAGCUGCAAGAGAAAAGCAAACCAUCCUCUUCGAGUUCAUCGGCAUCGAAGAUUGCGACGCCUUCUUCCGUACCGCGUCCUCCGGGGUGGCAUAGCGUGGAAAACGCUAGGUCGAAGCCAGGCGGUGAUGAAAUGCCUGCAAAAGGCAACAACGCGGAUGCCGGACGAAAGUCUGAACACACGAAAAGGGGCGUGCCAGAACCACCGCUGCACCAGGGAGAUGCGAGCCGGCGUCGUAUAUUUGAAGAUAAGGGCGGGACACCGUCAAGGCUUUUGCCAAAUCGCCCGGUGCGGAACAAGUAGCCGAAAGCACGCACUGGCGACGAGUCAUCCUCGCAAGGAGGAAACUGAAUCCUUUGAAUACGCAGCGAUUUUUUUUAGUAUAUCUGAUUUUACGCACGAGGGCAGUUCCCGUAUGAGAUGAUGUUUGAAUUUUUACCAGAGCUGACGGCAAAAGUGUUUUUCUCUACUCCAGAAAAGAUAUCUAGAUAGAUGGAAUGAAUGAUCAAUAACUUGCAGUGAUAAUUGUUUCCGAAAAAGUCAAAGUAGAAGUACGGGAAAAAAGUGCGAGUUUUUUUUUAUCCUCAGGAAAGGUGAGGGUCCGCAAGAAGCUGCCUGACCGUAUAUGAGAAAGUAGAAUACGGGCCAGACCCGAGCGCAACUGUGCCUACUGAAGGAUUCGAUGCGAUUGAGCCAUAUCUUAGCACGAUGCGAACUGCUGUACUCUGAUUGCUGCUCUCGAACAUUCGAAUGUCGUGUCAGAACCUUUCGGGAGAAUCCCCAAAUAACGUGCCAACGAA